AGGGAGAGGCAGGCCCGAUGCGGCCCGGGCGCUGAGGAAGCGGCGGGUUGCCCCCCUCACGCACCCCUCCCGCCACUCCACAGCGCCCAGCCUGGGCCUGCCGAGGGGCAUGAGCGCGUCCGAGAGGCCGGGGGCCCUGGAGCCGGAGGAGGAGGCGGCGGCGGCCCCGGCCUCGGCGGGGAUGGCCGGCGAGAGGAGCAGCGCCUCGCCGGCGGCGGCCGAUCGGGAGGAGACGGUGGUCGGGGGCGGCGGCUGCAGGGAGCAGGAGCUGAGCUACGAGCUGCAGCAGGGCUACCGCAUCCUGGGCGAGUUCCUGCAGGAGAAGCAUCGGGGCCUCACGGGCCCUUUCCUGCAGCCCUUGGGGGGCGUUGCCGGUGGGGAGGAGGAGGAGGAGGAGGAGGCCGCCGGCACCGAGGGGCCGCGCAGUCGCGCCCCGCCGGCCCAGGGCCUGUCCCUGCUGAAGAUGGAGGAGAAGUUCGGCCGCGGCCAGUACGGGAGCAUCACGGAGUUCGUGGCCGACUUCAGGUCGAUGCUGGAGACGUGCUACCGCCUGCACGGAGUGGACCACUGGAUCUCCAGACAGGGCCAGAAGCUGGAGAUGAUGCUGGAGCAGAAGCUGGCGCUCCUCUCUCGGCACUUGAGAGAAAAGACAACGAUAGCAGUUACAUCUAGAGGCUGUUAUGGACUGGAGGAAGAGAAGGGAGCAGCAUGUACUUCCACAAGGCGUCGGUCAACACCUCGGAGUUUGGCAGGCUUGACCAGUGGAGUUUUUGAAUCUAUAAUGGUUCAAGUUUUGAGACAGGAGGAACAGCUGAGAGCAAAGGAAGAAAAAAGGCUUCGGGAGCAGGAAAGAAAAGAAGCAGAAGAGGCUAGUCAGAAGGAAGUAGAAGAAUGGGAAAGAACACUUCUAGCCCAAGCAGCUCCAACUUGUAUGGAGAACAUGUGGGAAAUUCCAGCUAUUGGGCAUUUCCUUUGUUUAGCCCAACACAUUCUAAAUUUGCCAGAAAUAGUCUUUUAUGAAUUGGAACGUUGUCUUCUGAUGCCUCAAUGCAAUGCUUUUUUAUCUAAAAUAAUGACUUCUCUGUUAAGUCCUCCCCAUCGCAGACCUACCUUACACCGCAGACCGACUUUGCCUUAUAGAGCCUGGGAAGCUGCGCUGAGGCGCAAGGUGCAGCAGUGGUACACCGCUGUCGGGCAGACCGACAAUCCUGACAACUGUGCCGAGAGGCUCGGCUUGUGUCCUCAGUUCUUCAGAGUUCUCGGAGAAGUUAAUCCAUUGGAAGAAAAACCUUUCCAUGAACUGCCGUUCUACCAAAAAGUGUGGUUACUUAAGGGCCUUUGUGACUUUGUGUAUGAGACACAGAAGGAAGUUCAAGAUGCAGUGCUUGGUCAGCCCAUCCAUGAAUGCAGAGAAGUGAUCCUUGGUUACGAUUGUUUGGAGAACGCUUAUGUGCACUUCCCGCAGUUCUGUGGUGCAGAUGUACGGAUUUAUAAACAGAGACCUUUCCAGGCCCCAGAGUUCCCAGUCCCACCCAUUAAAAUACAAAGAGUACCUCGGAUGAAACUGGAGAAAUUGAAGUUUGAUUAUCUUGGAACAAGUAAUGGAGAGCAUAGAUGUUAUAGGGAAGGCCUUCCCUCUGCCUUGAAAAAAGAACAGGGCAUGAAUUGUGAUCCUGCUUGCUGCCCUGCUAAAUUGACCUCGGAUAAUCAGGACAUUUCUGUGGGAAUGGAAGUCAGAUCCAGCUGUGAAGUUAGAGUCCGCAGGCCUCAGGAAAUUAAAAAAAGCGAUUGCUGUAAAGAAAAUUUAGAGAAACCAGGGAGUCCAGGGGAAGUUUCGGGUUUUGGAGAGCCUCUCAGUCCAGGUGAAAUAAGAUUUAUAGAAAAUCAAGAAAAAUACGAUGAGGCUUCCAGGAUGAGGACUGAAUCCAGUCCAUUAAAAGAAAAUGCUCUUAAAUCUUGCCAGAUUCAUGUAAACGGAAGUCAUGUUGAUCAUCCAGAAAUGAACUGCCGCAGAAUCGUGCGCGACAUCCUGUUAGAGCAGUCAGUGCAGAGCCACAAGAAAUUCAAGCUAACUAAAAUGAGAGCAAAAAAGAAGAAAAAGAAAAAAAAGAAACUGAAAGAUGUUCUGAAUGAAAAUUUACAGAGGAAGCGUGAAGGUCUACAUUCUCUUGCAUUCAAGUCUUACAAACCUGAGAUCCAGAAUAAGUUAUUGAUCAUCAAAAAGAAGACAAAACAUAAGAAGCACAAAUCUGGAAAAAAAUCCAUAUCUAAAAAGGCAAUCACAAAGAAGAGGAAAACUGUCACAAAGUCACCGACUGUCCCAGAAUUCCAGCUUAUUUGCACUAAUCUUGAUGAACUCAGGGAAUUAAUCACAAAAAUCGAGAAUGAACUCAAAGAUCUGGAAAACAGUAGAAAAAAAUCGGGCAAAUGGUAUCAUCGAAGGCAAGCAGUAAAAGAACUGCAUAGUACGUUGAUACGUCUUUUAAAUGAAUUGCUGCCAUGGGAACCAAAGUUAAUGAAGGCUUUUCAAAGAAACAGGAGCCGCCUGAAGAAAGACUAUGAUGAUUUCAGGAGACAACCUGAUCAUGAUAAAUUUACUAGAGAACUAUGGACUACUGAAGAAGGUGAAGGAGAUCUUGGCAAAGAAUCUCCUAAAGUAGAAGUCAGUAAGUCGGUCGACUCAACAGAACAUCUAGAUACCCUGGAGAAAGAUCGCUUUGAUUCAGAUGAUAUGAAAUUGUCAGAAAUAGAUCUUCCUGUUGCAAGAAGCAAGCUGUUAAAAAAGGAAUUGCCUUCUAAAGAUGUACCGAAGACACUGCCUAAAACACUGAAACGACAGUCCAGGCAGAGUAGUCAUCUGGAUGACAGCACAAAACAGCUUUCCCCAAGGAAGAAGGCAAAGCUAAGCACAAGUGAACCAACAGUUGAAACUUCAGAGGAUGAAAUGCAGAUUGACUGCUUAAACGAGUCGAAGCAUACAGAGCCUCCGUGUUCAGAGUCCUUUGCUUCAGUGGAUUCAGUACCCACGUCUGCUCUUCAGAAAGGGACCAAACCCAUUCAGGCCUUGCUUGCAAAGAAUACUGGGAACAAAGUGACCUUAACCAGUCAGCUGCCCUCUUCCACAGGUAAAAGUGCUCCUGGCAUGGAAAGGCCAGGUGUAGCCCCUGCAGAAGCAAGCCCCAUCAAGCCAGCAUUGACCUGCCACUCCAGUACAAAAGGUCCUUUACAGAUGGUGUACAAAAUGCCCUGUGGCCAGUGGUUGCCAGUAGAUCUUCAGAACAGUUCUGUGAAGAUUCAGAUGCAACCCACGGUGGAUCCUAAAACAGGAGAAAAAAUCACGCAGCAGGUUAUUAUCCUGCCUAAGAAUUUUGUGAUUCAGCACAAGGACGGAAAAGCAGUGGCAAAAGAGAUAGCGCCGCCUCAACAGAAAGGUGCAGAACAGCAUGGGUUGUCUGUCCCGCAGACAACAAAUGUAAGCUCUUCAGUUCUCGUCAACUCAACAGAAACUGUUCCUUCCCAACUACCUAAUACAGUUUUCAACAAGACAGUUACACCUUUAACACAUGUAAGUAGUGCUAGACCACAACCUUUGUCACCUGUAACCUCUGUAAAUAAUUUAUUAACUCCAUCAGUUAAGAAUACCCAGAGUGAGGCAGCCACAUUGCCCCAGCCCAUCGCUCCACCCACCAUUUCCUCAACAGUGCAGCCUCUGUUAUCAGCAGCAACACUAAGUGGAUCUGUAAAUCCUAGUAGUUCCCUCAACUGUUUUGCACAACAGACUGGUGAUUCUUCCGAAGCAAAGCAAGAAUUGAAAACUGUGUGUAUAAGAGAUUCACAGUCAAUUCUUGUUAGGACACGGGGUGGGAACACUGGCGUUGUAAAAGUACAGACUAAUCCAGAUCAAAACUCACCCAGUAGUUUAUCUUCAAGUUCAGUUUUCACUUUUGCUCCCCAACUUCAGGCAUUUCUAGUGCCAAAAUCAACAACUUCAACAUCCUCUGCUUUUUCAGUAGCUGGAAUGACUACUACAUCUAAUCUCCCACCUUUUAGCCAAACAACAACUUCUGUUUCCAAUUCAGCUAGCUGCAAUUCAUCUGUGAGGAAAAGUCUCAAAGUUUCCAGCAGUAGUAAUUUGAGCCAUGUAAUAGAUAAAACUUCACAGAUACCGUCUUCUCCCUUAAAGUCCUCUACUGUUUCAAGCACUCUACCACCAUCAACAAAUAAUUCACUAAGUGUAAUUAGCAUAUCAACAGGAAAUUUUGGACAAGCCAGUACAAAUGUUAUCCACCCUCCAACUAAACCACAGCAGGUAGAUUUUAUCACCAAAAGUUACCCUGUUACAAGAUCAGAAGCAAUGGCAGAAACAAAUGGAGACAUGCUCAGUGGGACUCCAGUUCAGAAACUUAUGCUGGUAUCGGCUCCGUCUGUUCUUUCUUCUGGUAGUGGUACUGCCAUUAAUGUGACACCUGCACCAACAUCUACAGGUAUUUCAACCCAGAAACUAGUUUUUAUUAAUGCUCCAGUUCCCGGUGGCACUUCAACUCCAAAUGUUGCUACAGAUUCAUUAAAACAAACCCUUCCUUCCACCCUGAAUAAAACAUAUGUUAAGACUCCAGAGCAAGCCCAAAUAGUACUAAUUCCAUCUACAGUGGGAACGCCAAUUAAAAUAAACCCAUCACCAACUGUGUCUCAAAUAAAAGAUGUGAAAAUUGGAUUAAACAUAGGUCAAGCAAUUGUAAAUACUUCAAGCAGUGUGCCAGCUAUACCAGCAAUUAAUAUAUUGCAAAGUGUAACGCCAAAAGAAGACAAAAGUGGCAAGGACCAUGUUUUGCCAUUGUCUUCAAGUAGCAAUUCAAUUCCAAUAAGCUCAAAUUUUGUGAAGCGCAAUAUUACUCCUGUUAGUGAAUCGGCCGUUUCUACAGCAAGAUCAGUAAACAUGUUUUCAGUAGCAGGAGCAAAUGUAUCUCUGGGCUCCCUUUCAGUGACCUCAACUUCUGCAUCAUUUGGGACACGACCUCCUAUUUCAGUCAGUGGAAAUGAUACCUCUUCAAGAGUCAUGCCUGUUCUGUCAAAUAGACUUUGCCCUUCAAAUUUCGGAAACACUGUGGCUAUAUCAACUGUGAAAACAGGGCAUCUUGCAUCGUCUGUUCUUAUUUCAUCUACACAACCAACAGUGUCUCCUAAAUGUUUAACAUCAGCUUUACAAAUCCCUGUUACCAUUGCCUUGCCUACACCUGUGACUGCGUCCCCUAAAAUAAUCAACACAGUUCCACAUUCAACAACAGUACAUGGAGCCACACGUUCUGUGUCUCUUUCCAAAAGACAGUCACGGACUAAUCUCCAGUUUCAGUCACCAGGGACUUCAACUACAGUGCCAACGAAUGUAAACACAAACAAACCUCAAACUGAAUUGUCAUCCCUUUCACAAAGCCCAAGUAAAGUAAUUAAUGUUUCCAAUUUGGCUUCCCCACCAAACCAGCCAGUGUCCCCAGCUAUCGUCAAGUCAAGCCCCAGUCAGAGUUCUGCUCCAAGUAGUUCUGUCAUUCACACUGCUACAGCACCACCAAAUGUGCCUAGUUUGGUAGGGGCUCACAUCAGUAGUGAACCUUGUAUUCAGCAAAAAAUAAUCAUCAACACCAAUACACCUUUGGCACCUGGUACUCAAAUCAUGAUUAAUGGAACCCGGUUUAUUGUCCCACCACAAGGUCUUGGAGUUGGCAGUCACAUUCUUCUUAUAUCUACAAAUGCAAAAUAUGGACCUCCUUUAGUGCUCAACAGUGGCCAAGGUGUUCAGCCUGUGCAAGUGGAUAACCCUGCCCUGAAGAUCACACUACCAUCAAAUAAUUUAAGCGAGCAACCUGUAAAACAUCCUCUGAGGAGCUCUACAAAAAUUGUAAACUCUUUUGGAAAUACAACUUCUCUCCCCACAGUACACACAACACCGCAGAUUGUAAACACAACUACUAAACUUUCUGUUCCACCUCCUGCAACAACAGUAUCAUUGACUUCGGUAAUUAAAUCUUCUCCAACUACAAUUUUGGCUAAGACAUCUUUGGUACCUGCCAUUUCCUCCAAUACUCCACUGCCAAAUAAUACUUCAGUGUUUCAUUUGGACACAUCUGUCAAAAAAUUACUGGUUAGCCCAGAAGGAGCCAUUUUAAAUACCAUAAAUACUCCAGCAUCUAAGGUUUCUUCACUCUCUUCUUCUCUUUCUCAAAUUGUGUCUGCCACUCGAAAUCCUGCAUCUGUCUUCCCUGCCUUUCAGUCACCUGGUUUAGAGAAGCCUGAUACAGCUGCAUCUUGAAUUUAGGUUGAACGAGCCAGUUUUUUAAAAAAUGGGGCAUUGUUUUGAAUCCCAUACAAAUUAAACUGUUUAUUAUAUUGUUGAAAACAUACUAUACAUUGUGUGUGUGUGCGUGUGUGUGUGUGUGUGUGUGUUUUGAUGUAUCUUUGUUAGCUUGUGUAACAAGGCUUUGGUUUCUUAGGCAGGGCCAAAUCUGUUCCAUUUCACUUGUUGAUAUGAAGAUAUUUUCAAUGGUUCUUUGUUUAAAGUACAGGGUCAGGAUUUACCUGCCUGUAUAAAUAUUUUGAACAAUGUCAAGUUUGACUAAUUUAGAGUAAGCUAGUCUUUUGCACACUGACAUUGACUUUUUUUUUCUUGAAUUUGGAUUAUUGCAGCAUAUCUACAAUAUGGUAUUCUGUGUCAUGAGUGAAAUUUAUUUUUUUCUGUAAAAAAGGUAUAUAUAUAUAUUUAUGCAUUGUGAAAAAUGCAGUACAUGGUGUAAAAUUGUACAUAUUCCUAAAUCCCUAACAACCUGUACUAAGAACUAUGUACAAAGAACUAUGCUGUCUUAUUUAUGUUUUGUUUACAUAAUGUAUAGUUUUUUAAGUAUUUUAGUAAUUUUGGACCAGUGAACUGUUAGCAACAAUGCAGAAAAAAAUCUGCAUGUAAUAAACUGAGUUGCAUAUUUGUUUGAAAACCAUUUUUGAAGUGUAACCUCUUUCCUUGAAAGAAUGUAUGCAGUAAGUGAGGGCAGCCCUUUACGAAAAGAAAAGCCAAAAAUUGCGUUGAUAGC